CUCCGCAAGUCUGAAUAGAAUGUAAAAACCUCAACAUAUUUCUCUGUCAGUUGUGCUUUAUAUUAUUAGUUUGAAAUAUCAUUAGUUAGAUCCACAAAAUCGUGUAUUUAUUUUCAACUUAAAUGUUGAAAUCUCCUGCAUAAUUGCACUACUUUUGGGGGGAUUCGGAGUCUCUACCUUACUUUAGAGUAAGGUAGAGUGUCUUGCUUCCUCCCGGUCGUCCGAUCCACAACUCAACGGUCGGAGAUCUUGAGCUCCACUUUUUCACCAAUCUCGAGGCCGUGUUGGCCGCUCCCCUCCCGUCCGAUGUGCAAGUCAGCUUCCUAGUCGGGUAGAGGAUUCCAAUCCCUUUUGGGGAGGCUCAUUCCUGCUCAAAUGCCUAAACAUUUUUCAGCUGCACAAUUCGGUAAUCUGCAUUUAUGGCUCAAGCUUAAUGUAUCUUCGUUCAUCUAUUCAUUGCAUCUUUCAUUUCUCACCGAACAAUCUCCUUUCUCUCUUUCAUCGAAAAUCACAAGAGUUCAAGCACUCGGAAAUCUAUCCUUUCGGCUGUAUUACAGUUUACAUUCCGGUAGAUUUUAUCAUUUACUUUCCGAUUGAGAAUAUAAAACAUUUCUAUCGUUUGUUCCUCGAUCAGCCGAGGUGCAUUCGUCAUUCUGCCGCCCAAUCCAUUUCGCAUCUCUAUCAAUGCGGUUGGCCUUGAAAACUUAUGAUUUGGUUUCUCACUUCUCUCCUUUAUUUAUUAGCCGGAAUGUUUCAUUCGCGGUUUGGAAGGGUUUCUUCACCAUCUGGGGUGUCAUGUUUGUGGAGAUUUUACUUUGAUUUCAUAAGCUUUUGUUAAUUAGCUUCCACAUUGUUACUUUCCAAUCUAGGUAUAUACGUAGACAGUAUAUACGAUAGUAUAUCCUCAACAGUGAUCACGAACAUGGGGUUACAAGGUGAAUUUCCUCGCAGUAAGUAUAGGACAAAGGAAUAUCAAUGGCGAUGGAGGUUGAGCUCUGAAAGUGAAUGGCGGACAACCACUGGCCAUCUACGUUCAUCAAGACAUGUAUCGUUGGAGAUUGAUUUGGAGAAGACACGAUUUCCACAAUUUCUGAAACAGGAAGAACGAAUAGAAGAAAGGAAAACUUAUUUGGAAUUCAUCGAAACAAGCAGAAGAGAACGAAGGUUGAAGACGAGAAGGAAUCGUGAUGAAAUACAGUUACCUAAUUUAGUGGAUUUGGAAACAAAUGCUUAAACAGAUUUGGUAUAAAGAUCUCUGACCGUAUGGUUGACUGAAGGGUAGCGAUGGAAUUAAAAAAAAUUAACGUAUGGGAUGCGUAUGAUCGAUGAUUCGGGUAACAUAGAUUAGGAAAAGAAACUUUGAGGUCAUAUUUUGAGAAACUUCAGGACUUCUAGUAAUACUAGGGACAAAUAUCUCAAGUAUGUUUAUGUAGAGAAAUCAUCAUGUCAGGCCGGCCUGCCAGUAGAGCCGUCUGGCCGAGCCCUUUUGGAGACCUUCCCGGUGGAUUUUUUUGAUGAAUUUUUUUGAGCAUAUUGCUCAUCAAGUAUUGUUUGUCCAUACCAAAUUUCAGCUCACAAUUCGAUCGGGAAGGCAUUCAAAGCAUUUUUGAAGUUGACUGUGUUUCUAUAUGUAUAUUUUGACGCAGUCAACUUUAAAAAAUGAUUUAAAUGUCUUCACGAUUGACAUUUUAGCUGAAAUUUGGUAUGAAUAAACUAGACUUGAUGAAGAACAUGCUCAAAAAAUUUCAUAAAAAAUUCUAUCGGAAAGCUGCCCAAACGGGCUCGGCCGGACGGAGGUUCCCGUCAGACCGGCAUGACAAGAAGAGUUCUCUAUUCACGUAUAUCAAUGUGAACAAUGAUUUAUGGAAUUGAAAGGCCGGUGGGUUAGAUAAAGAAUUAGUGAUAGUAUUACAGAAGUGUUUCAAUAUUAGAAAUCUUUUGGGAUAAUCA